GGAGGUUCCGUGACCGCGGGCCGAGAGCGGCAGCGCCGGGCCCUGCUCGGGGUCCCCAGGAGAAAAUGGUGUAAGGCCAGCACAGCUGCCACUUCCAACCACGGCGUGCCCAGACCUCAGGGAGGAACAUGGCAGCAGCUCAGGGAGCAGGAAGCGGUUCAGCCGGGCCGUCCGGCCCGCCCGGUUCUGCCCCGGGGCACAGCAGCACCUCCACAGCAGUGGCGGUGUGGGAAUGGCAGGAUGAAUUUGGCAGGUGGAGGCCGUACCGAGGCAAUGUCUGCAGCUACAUUGAGCAGGUUAUCCAGGCCUCUCAGCAGAAGGGCCGGCGCUCAGGGUCGGGGCUGGCCAGCAGCAUCCCUUUGGGACACGCGGAUCCUGCCUUGGCUCCCUAUGUCAUCGACAUUCCAAGCUUGAUGCAGUUCCGGCAGGACACAGGGACGAUGCGGGCUGUCCGCAGGCACGUCUUCCCAGGGGACUCAGCUGCUGGGCAGGGCAUCGUCUGGGAGUGGCAGAAUGACGAGGGCGGGUGGUCCCCGUACGAGAUGAACGUCUGCGUGUUCCUGGAGCAGGCCCGUGCCACCAACCACCAGCGAGUGGAUCUUGGGCCCUUGGGCUACAACUAUGAGAUUGACUUUGUGGCUCAAGUUCAGACCAACAAGACCACGAGGUUCCGCCGCAGCGUUCAGAGGCGUUUGGAUGCCCCGUACCCGGUGACGACCUCCGCCACACCCCUUCACACAGGGGUGGGAUGUUCUUGCCAGCAGUGCUGGCCAAACAGCGGGACUGGUCCCAUCACCACACGCUACCGUCACUCCAUGACAAACUUUCCCAACUCUUCCACUACUCAUCAGGCUCCUGGCAGGACUGUGUCAGUAAGUUCUUCCAACGUUGGCUACGUGCCCUAUAACAAACCCACUUUGACUGGAGCAAGGUCAACACCAAGACUCAGUGCACAGAACCCCUUGGUUUUGGCUCAAACUGGGAGCCUCAGUGCAGCACUGACAGCAUCUAAUGGAGUCAGUACCCAGGCCCUGCCUGUCAAGAUGCCCAAACCCAGCAGGGUGAGCCAGGCCCUGGCAGGCAUGACAGCUAUUCUGAUGUCAGCCGCCGGACUGCCCGUGCACCUCACCCGUGUGCCGCAAGCUGCCAGCACCCAUAAGGCCACUAAAAAACACAGCUCAGUUAAGGAGGGGAGGAAAGUGUCCAAGAAAGCCACACCAACAGAGCCAGAUUCAGUGGUGAAGAAGUACCUAGAAGAGCUGAAGAGUGCUCCUGCUGAUGAGGACUGCAUGAUCUGCAUGGAGAAGCUGUCCUCCCCCUCGGGCUACAGCGACUCGUGCCAGUCCAGCACCAUCAGGCCAGAGGCCGUCGGUCGCCUGAGGAACUGCCAGCACUCCUUCCACAUGCUCUGCAUGCUGGCCAUGUACUCCAACGGGAACAAGGAUGGCAGUUUGCAGUGUCCCUCCUGUAAAACCAUCUACGGAGAGAAAACCGGCACCCAGCCCAAAGGGAAGAUGGAGAUCUCCACUUUCCCCCAGUCCCUCCCAGGACACAAGGACUGUGGGACGAUCAGGAUUGUGUAUCACAUCAGCAGGGGCAUCCAGGGCCCGGAGCACCCCAACCCUGGGAUGCCAUACACAGCCAGAGGCUUUCCUCGCUAUUGUUACCUGCCAGACAAUGAGAAGGGCAGAAAGGUCCUGGAGCUCCUGAAGGUGGCCUGGAAGAGACGCCUGAUUUUCACAGUGGGCACCUCCAACACCACAGGCGAGAGCAACACAGUGGUGUGGAACGAGAUCCACCACAAGACUGAGAUGGACUCAAACCUGAGUGGCCAUGGCUACCCUGACCCCAACUACCUGGACAAUGUGCUGGCAGAGCUGGCUGCUCAGGGUGUCACCGAGGACUGCCUGGGCCAGUGAGCCUCAGGGGCCACCUAGUGCACUUAUUCCUGAUGCCUUAAGUUGCCAUUUCUGACCACCCGUCACACUGAGCAAUAACAGUUCCGUGGGAGCCCUGCCCGCUCUUCACAUUUUUAUGGGGGGGUGGGGGGGAGGGAAGGAUAUUUUUGUAGAAGCUGUGCUUGUGUCUCUGGGUGGGAUUGGUGGCUGCAGCCAGGAGCAGCUGGGAUGGGACUGAGGUGACAGAUGUCCUGGGGAAGGCAGGACCUUCCUUUGGUAAUGCCUGAGGACAGGAUGGGAGAGGAGUGCCUUGCUUCUAAUAAACCACGUGGAAGUCAAGCAGGGUCCUCCUUUUGGGACACAUCAGCUCCCUGUCUGAGGCACUUCUUGCCUCCCUCCUGCCGUGUAUCUCUGCUCGGUUCAAAUAAACUCUUCAUUCUCACAGCAA